AUGGACUAUAGAGAUGUAAUAGGUACUUGGAGUGGAUAUCAUAAGGUUAAUGAGAUUUUGAAAGAAAUGUUCCGUGAAGUGCUGUCAAAAUCUGUUUCAGGCGUGCCCAUAGUUCAGCAGGUUUCUAGGAGAUUGUUUGCAGCACAAGCCAACUUACAGCAGCCGGCAGAUGCAGGCAACGAUUCAUCGUCAGACAGAUCUAGCGAACAGACUACUCCGACGGUCAUUCGUAGGAACGUCAAUCGAGUCUGCCUCAGUGGAACAGUAACGAGCAAACCGUUCUAUGGAACAACCAGAAAUGGAGGUAAAUUUGGAGUUGUUCGAAUCAUCUCAAAUUCAUUUGGAGGCCAGUAUGAUUUUCGAGUACGUUUAGGAACACGAACAUCGCUUGCAUAUUGCAGGGAAAAUGUCGAUGAAGGUUCCCACUUGUUCGUUUUCGGUCGUUUAGCGACUUUCCCGAGAGCUACAGCGGAUGGAACAGAAGGUUCAAGUGGAACUAUAAUGGCGUCCCGCAUAUCAGUGGAAAACAGUUCUACGGCUGCUGUUCAUGAAAACGAACAGUUUGAAGACAUUGAUUUAUCAGCCGAGGAGGAUUUAGAACAGAGUGAAACAAAAAAUGAACAUAUAUAUGUCGGGAAAGAAGUGGUGCAACAGUCACAACAGCAACAGCAGCAACAUCAACAACAACAGCAACAACAAAAACAACAGCAGCAGCAGCAGUAUGAUGAGACGACAGUUAUCGAUGAAGGAAUUGUC